AAUUUCAAAACAAACCCGAAGUUGUUAUUUCAACAUGCAAGUGUUUACUUUGACCUAGUUAGCAGUUCCUCAUUUGAAAACUUGUACAAAAUGGACGCAGAAGAAAAACCAGACUCCGGUGCAGGUGAUAAAUCGGUGGAUAUUCAUAAACCGCCUUCCAUCGAGGAUUUCAUCGUUUUGAAGCCCAUCAGCCGCGGUGCUUUCGGCAAGGUCUACCUUGCAAGGAAGAAGUGCAAUGCGCGAUUAUAUGCCAUUAAGGUGAUGAAGAAAGCAGACAUGGUUGAUAAGAAUAUGACAGGCCAGAUGAAGGCAGAGAGAGAUGCACUUGCUUUAAGCAAAAGCCCCUUCGUGGUUCACCUGUUUUACUCCCUUCAGACAGCCACCAAGAUCUAUCUGGUAAUGGAAUACCUCAUUGGUGGAGAUGUCAAAUCUCUGCUUCAUAUCUAUGGGUAUUUCGACCAGGAUAUGUCUGUGAAAUACAUUUCAGAGGUUGCACUGGCUCUGGACUACCUCCAUCGACAUAGUAUAAUCCACAGGGACCUGAAGCCAGACAACAUGCUGAUAUCCAACGAAGGUCACAUCAAGCUGACAGACUUUGGCCUUUCUAAAGUCAAGCUCGACAGAGAGCUGAGUCUUAUGGAUAUCCUCACUACUCCAUCCUUGGCUAAACCAAAUAAAGAUUACUUCCGCACCCCGGGCCAAGUCCUCUCCUUAAUCAGCUCCCUGGGAUUUAGUUCACCCGCAGGAGAAGGCAGGCGUCACUGCAGCGCAUCUGCUGUGUCGAGUCCCAUGUCCUGUGGCAAAAUCAAGCAGAAAACAGGUUCUCUUGGUUCUCCCUUGAUGACGAGAAAAGAUCAGCUGUACUCACCGGCUUGCUACUCUUGGAAAACAGGAAGCAGCAACAUGAUGUUCAGUCCUCAUAACCUGGCUAAAAAUCUGACGCCCACACUGCUGAAGACCAGGAGGAGGUUUGAGACGAUGAGUGCAGGCAGCAUCACAGACACUGAGGGUGACAUCAGUCCACUGUGGGAAUGUGAGGAGAAAGAAAAUGAACCUUCUAAUGAACAGAAGGGCAGAUGGCACUCUGAGUCCAAAGGGCCCAAACAAGACUCUUCACCCACAAAAGUGGCCACCUUUGGCUUCUCUGCCGAGGUCACCAGCAAUCUGUCGGAUCCAGGCCAUCUCACAGGAAAGAGACCUCACACUAUCAAACUGGAGUCUGUUUCCAUAGCUCAGGAGGAUUUUUGUCUAUCAGCCUCAUCUACAAAGAGAACAUUUUCUGAUGUUGAGAAAAGCCCUGAGCUCCUGGACAACCAAGCGAAGAGGAGUAAUGCGGCCUAUAAGAGAUGCUACGAGAUUCCAGAAGAGGCUGCGAGGUUUCACACUGGCCUGACUGGAACAUUUUCCACCAUUCAAAUAGGUGCCUUCAUGGCCUCCACUGAGGGGAUUGGGUCAGCUAAAGACCGGAUCCCAAAGCGCUCCAGUCCCAUCGCUGUGGCCAAAAGUCUGUUUAGUGAACUGGAGGAGCCAACAGAGGACGUGUUUGAAGACGGAGCCAAAGACCUGUCACAUACAAGUUUCACAUCACCACUCACUGGGAACAGUGACGUUUGCAGGAGCCUGAGCCUCGACUCUGACGGGUCUAUGCAUGAAACGUCUCCCACUAUUGACAGCCGUGCACUUCUCAAGCCGAGCAAGUGUUUCAUAAACAGGAAUUCAGUGUCAUCUAUGGAGCAAGAGGAAAAAAAAGAUUCAUCCAUCACUGAAUCACUCCCACAGACUCCAUCUGCUGUCACUACUGAAACACCCAAACUUGGUAACCUUUCUCAGAGAGGAUCUCAGUGCUCCUUCCUUAACAGGCUCCCUGAUCUGGCUGGUGGUGUUGCACAAUCCCCCUCAUUCCUCAAGCCACGAAAUGUAGUUGCUUUCCGUAGCUACUGUAGCUCCAUUAACCGCUCCAACAUGUCAGGGGUGUCCCGAUUUAGCGUUGGUUCUGUUGAGGCUAUGGAGUUGUCCGCCACCGGUUCUUAUCACACAGCAUCUGGCAGUGCAACACCAGUGCAGAAAAGACCCAGCUCCAACAGCUCACUCAAUCAGACUCCUCAGCCCAUGUCGACCUCUCACACCCCCUUCAGGACCCCAAAGAGUGUCAGAAGGGGUGCACUGCCUGUUGAAGGUGCACCCAUUUUAGGAACUCCUGACUAUUUGGCUCCAGAGCUUCUCUUGGGAAAACCACAUGACUUCAUGGUGGAUUGGUGGGCGCUAGGUGUGUGUCUUUUCGAGUUCCUCACAGGUGUGCCACCUUUCAACGAUGAGACACCUCAACUGGUCUUCCAGAAUAUUCUCAACAGAGAUAUUCCCUGGCCUGAGGAUGAGGAGGAACUGUCUGUAAACUCAAGAAAUGCGAUUGAAAUCCUCCUGACCAUGGACAUGACAAAACGAGCUGGUCUUAAAGAGCUCAAGUGUCACCCUCUGUUUGAGGGCUUGGACUGGGACAACCUGCAGAACCAGCCGAUGCCUUUCAUCCCUCAGCCAGAGGAUGAAACCGACACCUCGUACUUUGAUGCAAGAAACAACGCUCAGAAUAUCGCCGUGUCUGGCUUCAGUCUGUAGAGUUACAGUCAUAACAGUUAAGUUUUAGCAAAGCAGCCUGUCAGUACAUUUUGGCUUUUAAUGAGGCAUGUGUGCUUUCAUUGUAGAAAAACUCUGAAUCCAUUGUACAAAUGAAUAUACAUGGUAAUGAUGGGGAUUCUGGUUGUUUCUCUGUUCAAGGUUGUAUAUUUUUAAAAAACAUUUUACCUUUGUGCAAUCACUGGUCAGAAGAGUCAGAAGAAAGUUGAAUCUGUUGACUGCUUAACUUGUUACAUUUUUAAAACUUAGUGUUGCCAUAUUACAUAGUAUUAGAUCCUUAUACUAGCAAAAUCAUAUUUGCUACUGCUUUACCUUAUGAUAGGCUUUGAUUUCUGGUAUACUGAUUAAAUGUUGAUAACUUUGCAUGAGAAUGUGGCUCUUACUGCCUGAUGUUAACUCUCCAUGCUGAUGCACUCCAUUUGUUGCUGUACUGUUCAUCACUGUAAUGUUCCCCUGCUCUGGGCAGACUGGGUGGGCAGGCCCCCUAAAUGAUUAGCUCUUUGAUGGGUGCAGUACUGAAGAAAAACAAGCUAAUAUAUUCAUCAAUAAUGUGUUUCAUAUGUAAAUCUUGUUAAUAACAUUCAGUGUCAUGUUGUGAACAGUUUUUGCUGCUUUUAUGUCAUUUGUGUUUGUAAUUUUGAUGUGAUCUCCUGUCCAUUUCCUACACUACUAGUUAUGUUUUAGAUAGGUUCACUAGGUUCCCAAGUACUCGUAAAAUUUUAUGUUGUUCAUUCUGAGAAAAAAGUAAAAUACAAAUAAAAUCGUGUUUGUAA